GAAUAUUUAAAAAUAAAAACAGAUGAUUGAUAAUGAAGUGAAAUUCUCCAAAGUGUAAAUCCAAGAAAUUACAUGAGUAAAUGGAUCAAUAAAUUUACAGCGGCCAUUGUCAUCAAUUACCACCUCGCCCAGCCCAGCCAUCGAGCAGAGCAGAGCCUGGAGCUCAAUAUCCAGAUAUUCUUGCUCGUAAUAUUUUAUUUACACCGCAGACAGCAAUGCGUAAAAACAAGUCGGUACUGCAACUGCAACAUCUGCUCGUCAAUCCCAUCUAUACCAGGAUCCAGGAUUUUAAUUUGGAGUGACAUGAAGAAUUAAAGACUUAUAUGUCUAGUGUCUAGUGUCUGGAGUCUGCGGCCUGUACUUCCUAAAGUAUAGAGUAAUUGACAAUAUAUAUGUACAAUGUACAGUGUACAGAGAGCAAGUGUACAUACAAUACCUACAUGCUACAUGUGUUAGUGUAAAACUACAAGCUACUUAAGCCGUAAGCGUAAACCCAACACUCGACUGCUCAUCAUCUCUCCGCUCAUUUCUCAUCUCUCCGCUUCUUUCCUCUUAAUUUAUUUAUCUAUUCUAUUCACAACUUAUUCAUCUCUUCCACAUUCUCUCCUUCUCUUUCAAGUCCCAUUAUCUUUACCAUCAUUAUUUUUUUUUUUUAGUUUAAUCACUUAAAGCAAAUUAUUGUAACUCCAAAGCUGGCUUAAGUUCGAGUGCUCAUUCAGCUGUGACGGAUAUUAAAUCUUUCAUCAUCAUAAUAAUUGUUGUUAUUAUUGUUAUUAUUAUUUUAUAUGAACACAUGGAUUCAUACAACGGUACGGUGGUGUCUAAAGUUAUAACUGUAUCGCAAUUGAAGGUAUUGGAUUUUUCACCAGGUGUUCUUGGAUAUUACCAAGGUUAAAUAUUGUGUCAAGUGAUUUGAUAUAACUCAUAAUAAAUAAUUAUAUUUAUAUAUUUUUUGGUGGGAAUUUUAAAAUUAAUUUAAAUUUUUUGAAAAUGAAUUGUUUUGUUUUUUAUUUUUUAAAAUUUAAGUGUUAAUUUCUUUAUUUAAUUUUUAAAAAUAAUGAAUUCGUGAUUUUAAAUUUAAAUUGGAGUACAAAUUCGUUGUUUAAUUUUAAAUAAUUAAUUGACAGCACAAAUGUAAUAAAAAUUAAAUUAUAAUUAAAUGGAACUUUAAAUUAAACGUGCAGUGGAAAUUAAAAAACAUUUUGCUUAAUUUAAAAUUAUGUUUAUUUUUUUAAAUAAACAAAAGACUUUGAAUUUUAAAUAAAACUGACUGAUGAAUUAACGGAUGAUUAAUGGCUGAUUCAUAAUUAUUAUCAACAUUGUAGAUAAGAAAAGUAACAUGAUAAAUUUGAGACAGUGAUUUUGUAGAUGAUAAAACUAUUAUUAUUAUAACUAUUUUGUUAUCCAUAGCAACAGUGAUAACAAUUUGAUAAAAUAAAACUAAUUGAGUUCAGUAAUUAAAAUAAAAAAGAUUUAUUUAAAAAAUGGCGAUGGCAAUGGAACCGAUUUGUGAUAAAAAAUCAACACGUUGUUUGAAGAUACCUCUGAAAUCCACGGAACAAAUUUAUCUGAUAUUUUUAAUACCAACGUUAGUGAGCUGCUGCAUUUAUAUGAUUAAUUUUGCAAGUGAUCUUGUUGUUGCGAUCCAGCAUUUUCGCGAAAGCAAUCCGGUGUGGGGUGGUCUGACAAUUGGGUUCAUGUAUGCACCGGCAAUUGCUUAUUUUGUAUUGACAGUUUCACGUCCUGACUGGUGGAUGACUGAGGAUCAAAAACUAUCACGAGGUGUCGUCGCUUGGUUUUUUAUUCAAUUGUGUCAACUUAUUGCUUUUCCAUUCUUUGCUUUGUACAGAUUCGCUGGUCAAAUAGUUGUGAUAAUAGACGCAAUAUUAUUGCGCGGUGAUGAAAGAAAUAAAUCACUGAGUGUUGCCGCAGCACCAGCAGCUAUUGAAUUAUAUUUUUUUUUGCAAUCAUGGUUUCAAGCAGCACCUCAAGCUAUUUUUCAAAUACAUUUAUUGUUGAGAGAACGAUAUACUAUACGCACAUAUCAAUCAAUUGUUGUUCAAGUACUUUGUAUUUUUACUUCAAUUGUUGUACUGGCAGUUCAAACGGCGUCAUUUCAAAGAUUUGAAAGUCAAAGAGCUAAUGGUCGACGACUACCAUGGGCAAUGUGGUUAAAAAAAUAUCGAUUACAGGAACUUGGAAAUUUAGACGAAAAGAAACCAUUGAAACCGCCAUCGCCGUCACAGAACCUCGAGAUAAAUUUAAAUCCCGCGGCAGUGUCAUCAGAAUCACCAGCAAUACAAGAGACUGAGUUGCACCGCGUGACUUUAGAGCGGCAAAUAUCAUCAACACCACCGCUACCACCAAAAAAUGCCCAAAUAAUUCCUCCCCCAGCUCCACUCAGAGGAAUCACCAGCGUGACACCUCUGCCAGUUCCUGAAAUGCAGGCGCCUCCGCGCCCGGACUCAGUGAUCCGGGAGUCUCUGGAAGCGGAUCCAUCAUCCGAAGACCCAGGGAAAUCUACCGAGAGGAUAAUAAACAACGAAUCAAGUCCCCAGACUCAGAGUCGCUGGCGCAGUUUGCGUCUCCCUCGUCGUGUCGACUCGAUAAAAAUAGUCGAGGAAGACGAUCCCGUUGGUAAAUUCGUUGCCUUUAUCUGGUGGUUUUGCUUCAUCCUCGCUCGCAUAUUCGCGAUUGCGCUUUUCUACGAGUUCUACCCUCUCUGGCUGUCAGGAGUAAUUGGUCUCCACUACGCCAUCAUGCUCAGCUAUUUAUUCUACUACGCAAAAGACUUCAACAUCACAACAUUUAUUGUUAAUCUAUGGCUCGGCUCCGUUUAUAUUAUCAGUAUUAUCGAGUAUCGCGUUAAAUUUAAAUAUGCCGACAAGUGGUUGCUAUUUUAUCAUAUAUUUGUUAUCCUACAAAAUACAAUUAUGACCGUCACUUGGUUUACUCUUGAAGACUGGGACGGGUUUUGGUACACUUACAUGUUCUAUGCGAUUUUCGUCAGCAUGGGACUUUGUAUUAUUUCCGUUGGUGUCUACCAGGUCAUUCUUAAACCCAGACAACGACGUAUUUACGCCAGCUAACUAUUUUUUAUUACCUAAUUAUUUAUUAUUUUUUAAUUAAUAAUUCUUCAGUAUUUUUUUAAAAGACUAAGGACUGACUUUACGUAUGCACAUUAUUUUUUUUGUCAUAUCAAUUUCACUUAUUAUUGAUACUUAUUUAUAUACAUACAUAAAUAUAUAUUUAUAAAUUUUUUUUAGUAUAAAAAUAUUUGUAUUCAUAGGCGACUAAGUUUAAUUUUUAGUAUUUAUAUUUAAAUCUUAAGCUUAUGCUGUAAAAAAUCGGAGUAAUUACGGAUUUUAUUUAAAUUUAAAUUUACUCCGCCACGGAGUUACGGAGUCAAAAAAAAAUUACUCCGCAUAAGGAGUAAAUCGAGUUUUUCUAGGAGUGAUUUUGAAGUGAACUGGAUUUUAUUUAAAUUCACAUUAGCUCCGAUUCGGAGUUCGUCGGAAUUUACUCCGAAUUUAAUCCACGUUCACUCCGCAAAUAUUUUGCAGUGUAAAUUACAAUUAUAGGUAAUAAUUAAAAUUCGGCAACUAUUUAACUAAUAUAAAAAACAUUGUGAUUGUAAAGAGAUAAAAUUUUUUAAUAUUUUUAGUGUACAAAUAUUUCGGC